CGGUCAAUUAACGAGUGGGCUCCUCGGAAGGCCUGUCCUCUCCCGCUGAGUGACAGUAUGCUGGGUCGCACGCGUUCCCACCGGGAACGACCCGGAAGCGCGCGUGCGCGGAUCGUGCCCAGCGGAGCGCCUCCCCUCCUCGGGUCCCGCUGCGCAUGCUCGCUGCCCGCUGCCCGGCCCGGGACCCGCGCUCCGGCAGCAUCCGUCGCUCCGCCCGGCAUCCCAGCUUGGGCACCCGGCGCCCACUAUGACGGCGCACUCCUUUGCCCUCCCGGUCAUCAUCUUCACCACGUUCUGGGGUCUCAUCGGCAUCGCUGGGCCCUGGUUCGUGCCGAAGGGCCCCAACCGCGGAGUGAUCAUCACCAUGCUGGUGGCCACUGCCGUGUGCUGUUACCUCUUCUGGCUCAUCGCCAUCCUGGCUCAGAUGAACCCCCUGUUUGGGCCCCAGCUGAAGAAUGAGACCAUCUGGUAUGUGCGCUUCCUGUGGGAGUGACAGGCCACCGCUCCUGGCCCCAGGUGCCCCGGCUCUCUGGAUGACCCCGACUGGAUGUCCUGGAGACCCUUCAACCCCAUCCUCCCCACACAGCUGUCCUGGUCCCUCUGUGCUCCCUCCUGCCAGCACCUUGGGGCCCAACACCUCCAAGGCCUCCAGGUUCUAAGACACCCCAUCUUCCCAGCCUGUCGGGCCCUGGGGAAGCUCUGAGCUCAGAGGCAGGCUGGAGCAGGGGGUACCCUGCCCGUAAGCUCCCACUGCUCUGGAGUCUUCUCUCCCUCCCAGGUGAAUCCUAGCUGAGGAGCUGGUACUAGUGGGAUCUGUCCCUUUCCAAUGGGGCUGAAGCCAGGACUCCACCGCAGCGGAGGAUGGGCACCCCGUUCAGGACACUGGAGCCUGGGGUGGAGUCCAGCUGGGGUGCCAGCUCUGUCCCUGCCUGCGGAGAAGUGGAGGCUCCUGUUGGAUUAGGCCAAAAGCCUUUGCCAGCUCUGUUGUGGAAUUCAGAGUUAUUCUUUAAUUUUCUGACACAUCAAGAUGUAAAAUUUCUGGAAAUAUUGAAGUAACCGAGAAAUGCUCAUACAAAAAGCAACAUAAUACUUUGGGUCAAGAUUGAAACCUACAUGUCCAGGAUCCUUUGUAGCUGUAAAGUCACUUGGUGGCUUGCGCAGGAAGCUGUGUCUCCUCAGAAUGUUCUACUCUGCCUUCCUGCCCUACCAGGGCCUCCCCAGAGUUUCACAGCAUCACCCAAGUGACCUGGGAUGAAGAGAAACAAGGGAAGGCCUGACUCCGGGGAUCCAACAAGCCAGGUCCGGCCCCUCGCCCCAAAAACCAAAUAGCAAAGGUCCUGGUGAAACCCAUGAGAGGAGCCUCAGUCAGUGCGGCUAUGCCAGGAGGACACCGGGGCACACGUCCUUAGCCCUGUCUUGCAGGGGCUGAUCAUGACUCUGAGGUUUUAUAGAAAGGGGAAUGAGCACGAUGAGCUGGGAUUCGCAGAGCUGGAGGCUUUGCGCAGCCAGCAAAGCAGGUGAUCCUGACGAGGUGUGAUCUAUCCAGCAUGGUCUCGGGACUGGUGCAGUGAGACCUUGUGGAUCAUGCAGAAGAUGCUGUUGCCUGUGGGGUAACUUGGACUCAGCACAAGAUGUUUAUCAAUCAGACCUGUUGUUCCUGGAAUCCAGAGUGACUGUGAGCCAAGGAGGCAGGUGCAACAUGGAGCAAGAGGCACCAAGUCUUUAAUCCUGUUUUUAGCUGUCCCUGGGAUGUUUGCAGGCAAAAAUGAAGAGUCUGUCCUUGUUACAGUGCUGCGGGUACCGGGCCUCCCCUGGCUCCUGCCAGGCUCUGCCCCGCAAGUGCUCCUGGCUCUGUACUAGGGACAGUGAGAGAAAGAAGCACAGGUCAUAUAGAGUGAGACCAGGGAGGACCAGGAGAAACCUCCAGCCAGUGCCCUCCUCAGGAGAGAGUGAGGGGACAUCACACUCUGCCUGAAUAUCCAGAGCUAGUUAGGACAAAGCCUGGGCUUUUUUGUUUGUUUGUUUUAUUUUUUGUUCUUUUGGUUUUUGGCAGUGGAGGUUGAACCCAGGAGCACUUAACCACUGAGCCACAUUCCCGUUUUUGAUUUUGAGACGGGACCUCGCUAAGUUGCUUCGGGCCUUGCUGAGUUGCUAAGGCUGGCCUCGAAGUUGCAGUUGUCCUGCCUCAGCCGCCUGAGCCACAGGUACAGGCCACCACACCUGGCCAGCCUUGCUUAUUUAUUCACUAUUUAUUUGGCAUUUCUUCCUUCGAAGUGGCAGGAGAAUAUGAUGUGUCUGACCCAGAUUCCCUGGAGCUGGGUUUGCCAGUCACUCAAGUUGGGGCCUCCCAUGCACAACCCUCCACAUCCCUUCCUCCCCGAACCCCUGCAGCCUUCUUGUGAAAUGGAGCAUGGUAAGCACGGCUUGUAUUGAAAACCCGAUUCGUGUCUAAUAAAUAAUUGUGAU